ACACUUACUGCAACUCCUGUAUAUAUUACAGUUCCUACGGAUGCUGCAACAGCAACUCCGAGAAAAGGUACCACACCUACUGUGAUAAAACUUAGGAAGGUCACGGCUCCAAGGAAUAUCAGACUAAUCAGUUAACCAUGAAUUGAUUGGCUCAUGUCUGAAUUCAGGGAUUUUUGAGGAAUCCUUCCGCUCUUUCUUUGAUUCAAAUUAACAGUCUGUUCUCUCUUCUUCCCCUGGUUAUGAGUUGUCCCCUAGAUCCUAUGAUUGAAAGAUAUUCCCCCAGAUUUUGUCAAACAAUCGUAUCUCGAACAAAUCAUCUACGGUAAAUAUGUCUUUGUUAGCUUCGCAAGCUGCCUACAGGCGAUUGAAUACGAAACUCUUUUACAUAUCCUAGUUUCUAAAAAAAUUAUCGGAAGCUAUGGAAACAGCGCAAAGGAUCAAUAGAACAUUUAGUUGAGAAAUGACUUGAUGCGAGUCUACUUUUUUACCUAUGUUAUGCAUUUCAGUAAAUGUAAAUUUGUAUUAUCCGCUGAAUCUCUCCCUAACGAAUUUGCAUGUUGCGAGUUGGAUUUUUCAGAACACGCAUGUCCUAAAAAUCUCCAAGAAAUGUAGACGUAGUCAGUGUUAUGCGAUCAAAUUCGAAGGCGAUUCGGCACAAUUUUUUUUAUAUAUAUAUUUUUAACGUUAAAACAACGAACUUCAGUUUUUGAAAGAGUAAACCAAGGCGUUAUUGCCAUAAGCUAUUACGAAAAAUUUUCCAAUGAGGUCACUGCAUUAAGGAAAUCGCUCUUGAAUAUGACCUUUUUUUACUGAAAAUGACCAAAUUUUGAGUAUUUUCAAGUGAAAAUGGUAAUCCUUCUACUUCGUAAAAAAACGUUCAUUUUAGGUGCAAAUUAUAGAUACAUCUUUCAUCUUCAAACAGCCGUGCGUUGAUUUAGAAGUAAGCUCUUCUAAAACUCAUAAAAGUGAGUUUUAUGAAGCCUUGUAGGCCAAAUUUGGCCCAUUCUUCUCUAGUUCAGGGCUCUCUAAGGCGAGGUCGCGUUCAAAUUUGCCGCUUUCUCGGUUUUGAAUAAUUAAUCAUGUCCACGCAUUCUGCCCUAUGCAUUUUGCCUUUUUCGAAGGAUAUUGUUACCGUUGCAAAUAUAAGGGAAAACAAAGUAUGUCUUCACGGCAAAACAAAUUUGCAGAAUUAUAACUCGAUAUCAUCUACACGCAUCACGCUUAUCUUAAAUCAAUUGGCGAAAAUUUGUCAGGACAAACCGUACUUCGAAUGUUGCCAAGCUUUGGGCGGAAACUUGAAUAUCAUGAGAAUUAACAAGUAUAUUAACUAAUACAAAAAACAACGCUGUAGAUUCGAGGUUCCAUUUCAAUCUAAAAUGAAAAUCGUUUGGCUGUUUCUAAGCUUAAGGAAUCCAUCCGCUACACAACUUGUACUUAACUUAUUCAGGUCUCUUGGCGACUACAGAUACCACAUUCCCGCAUUUUGCACUUCCUGCGUAUGUUACGGCGCCUAAAGAUGUUGCCACUAACACAGGUUUAGCAGAUACUGUAUAAAUAUUAUACAACUAAAACGAAUUGUGAAAAAAAUUGUUGAAUGACUAAAUUUUACUGCUGGCGUACAGUAGACUGACCACGUGUUCGAGGAUGUUUAACUACCUUUAACUUUUCAGCGAUGAAUUUCUCAGUCUCAUGCCUUCAUGGUGUGAAAAAAAGUAGAGCUCGAGAAUGAUAUUUGCAAUUCAUGGUAGUAACUUGUAACACUGAGAUUUCUCUAGAAGAAAAUGACACUUGUAAUACUGAAAAUUUUAACGUCCUGCAAAAAGCGUAAUGAAAGGAGGGACCUGUCCGAAUCAUAUAAUUUUCCCGAGUUUCUGCCGAACUUUAUUUCUAUUGACUCAUUCAUUAUUUUGAUCCACAGCAAACAGAACUGAUUUUUACAAUGCCGCUACCUUACAUUUUAUUGAUGGUCCUCCCAACAUAUCGCUGCCUACUGUUGUACAAACCCUACCAGGUUACAAAGUGACGUUUUUAGUGACCGGAACGCCUCCGAUAAACACAGUAAUACUGAGCCACUUGGCAGUAUUCGUAGACACAACAAACACAUCAGUGGCUGUUCAACUUGAAGAAGGAAAUUUUGUUUGUGUGGCCACCAACAAGUUUGGAUUCGACUUGAGAAUGUUCUCUGUAACUUUUUCGGGUAAGCACCUCAACCUUAAAUAAUCUUAACUUCGAUUUUGCAGCAGUAAACAACCUGCUAGAAGCGUCAAUUCGCUUCACAUCGUAAUCAUUUCAUUUUUAGCCUGGAUCGGAAAUCAUUAGUGAUGUGAAAAUCAAAUCACACCACCUUUCUCAUGUAAUGCAAUCAGGUUUUGACGUAAUCAGGUGAUUUUGGUAAUUUUUAUAGACAAAUUUAAUAUUGCUGGACGUUUUCUAGAUUGCCUGCUGGCGAUUAUUCGAGGUAAGAGGAAACGUUGUGUAAAGUUUCUAACCUUUACCGAACUAUCGUUUCAGAUAACAGGAACUUUCACUUGUGCUAUGCCUAAGUUAACAGGGGCGUAUAUGAGAGGGAGGUAUUCUUUUUCAAAAAGUGCACAAUACUAUAAUUCCAAAUAAAAAUAAAAGUUAUUAGACAGGAGAAACUGGUUCAUCCCUACUUUUGAAUCUUCAGAAGGUAUCCUCGUAGCUCAACGUGCAAAUGAGGAUAUUGGCAUACCCUUUCUUGGACGUAAAAGGUAUCGUUCAAGAGAAUGUUUGUUUCAAAUCUGUUUUUUGUUUAAAGAUUGCGGACCAAGCUGUUCUUCUGAGUGGAGCAUCUCUCACGGGAAUACUCUCUCUUGCACAAAUGUAACAGGUGCACAUCUCAGCAACUGUCUUCCAGCUUCGACUGAAAAACUGUAA